AUGAUGAAUCAAUACCACCAUUCUGAAACACAUACAAAUUUUCCAUCUCAUCAUCAUCAUCUUCAUCUUAAUAAUACAACAGCAACAACGAAUACUACAACUAUUUUUCAAACACCAACAACAAAUUAUAAUUUACUUGAUGAAAAUUAUUUUUAUACAUCAUUUUCAUCACCUAAACAUUAUCAACCAACAUUUUAUGAUUCAGAAAAUUCUUAUGAACAAUAUUCAAUUGAUAAUUCAACAACAGCUGAAUCAAUUUAUCAUCCAAUACAAUCGUUUGAUCAAUGCCAUAAUUAUUCAAAUAAUAAUGUACAAUUAAAUCAACAAUCUUAUGAAGAUUUUUCAUUAUCUAAUAAUCCAACAGAAAUUAUUGAACAGUCAUCAGUUAAACAACAACCAAAUAUUGUGACAGAAACAAAAUAUAAAUGGAUGCAAAUCAAACGUACACCAGCUAAAUCAUCAGGUAAUUUAUAUUAG